AUGUUACUGUGCCUUGUACUCGUCUUUGCCGAAACUGCAUCGGGCUUAAGCCGUAUUUCAGGACCUCGUUUUCAAGCUGUUAACUUUGCUAAGGCCAAAGAAGGACGAAAGUUGAAUGGAAGCGUGAUAAAAGAAAUGCAAGUUGAUGCAGAGGGUGCGUGUAGGCUUCAAUGUGUCAAUGACGAGCAAUGCCGCUCUUACAACUUUGGACUCAAGAAGCAUAAAGCUGGGAAUUUCCUGUGUCAGUUAAAUGGUUCCGACAGAUUUGUUGGUUUUGGUAACUUCACAAAAGAUGACGAUUUCAAGUACAGAGGAAUAGAGGUAAUUAACCAUCAAAAUAGAAAUGAGAAAUUUUAUCCUUGUCUGAAAAGUUUCACCAAUGAUUGACUAUAGAUUGAAAUUUGUCAAAAUAUAGGUUUUCGUAAGAUCGAUAUCACUUUUUUAUAUGACAACAACAAACAAAAAACUUUGAAAUUAAUAAACGCCUAAUUCUGAGCGAUCUAGACCAGCUACUGAAAAUCCAACACUAGGAACUUAAAGUUUGGUAAUUAGCAAAUAACCUCCGUAAGAAGUAAAAAAUUCUGUUUGUCUGAAUUCGAUUCAAAGGAAAAUAUAUUUCAGACCUUAAAUUUUCAAUAGGCGUGAUAAAUUAUUUAAUAAAACGUUAUAAAUGACACAAAUUAAAGUAAAUUCUUAAGUAGCGUCAGAAUGCUGCUUAAUAUCAUAUUUCGAUGCUGGGAAAUUUUGGUGUAUUUUCGUUCUUACGAUCACUUAAAAACUAACCCGUUUUCUCACCACCUGUCUAAGUGCAACUUCAUUCAAAAUUUGGACUUUUAGCGCUUUUUUGUAUAUCUCUGAAACGACUCGAACUAUUUUUUUUUAAAUCUCUUCACAUAAUCUUCAUUAUUAUAUGGCUGAGUCUGUUUCCGCCAUGCGAUUGGUCAAUUUGGGGUCUGUAACUUGCUAUACGGACCAAAAUUUUUCAAGAAAAUGAUCAUUUCGGAGCUCUAAAUCUCUUUACCUCGGAAAAUUGAUUUAAAUAAAGUAAUAAAACGCCUGUCAACCUUGAAGACUUGGAUGUUGACUUUGGCCUUCAACAUUUUAAACUGUGUUUAUUUGUGAACGAAGGCGACGAAGAAACAGAAACUCAUAAAGGGUUGAACAACCCCUUAUGAGUUUCUGGAAGAAACUAACUCGUAAUCUUAUCGACGAAGAUUCUAGUCAGUGUUUGAAAAUUUUAUCGUAGUACACAGUUAAGAAGACGAAAAUCGACUGGCAGAGAUUCGAGAUGUUUUGCCUGAGAUAAAAUGAGUAAUUCCUUCAACAAAUAUGAUAGCAAACAUACCUGCACCCGAUCAUCUUGACAAGCUUCUUUGCCAUUUGCAGUGUUUUUUCAAAGACCAACGAAAGAAAGAUAGAAGUGAGUUCGAGCCAGACACAAUAAUGUCCAGUUUUCAAAAGACUCAAGCGUCACAUUAACGAGUGAAUACUUGCAUUGCUCUUAGUUUCCACCGAAUAAACUUUGAAAUAUGUAUGUAAACCCUGAGGUCUGGGAUGUUGACUUUGCCUUCCCAAAUUUUAACCUAGCUUUGUUUUAAUGAGAACGAAGCUGUUGUAGAAACUGAAUCGUAACUUUACCGAGGAAGAGAAUUUUAGUCAGUGUUUGAAAAUUCUAAGGCAGAUCACAACUGAAGACGAGGAUGAACUGGCAGAAAGAGAGGUUUUCCCAAAAACAAUUAACGGGCGAAUCCUUCGACAAUGACAACAAACUUACCUUGAAAAGCUUCUCUGCCUUUCGCAGUGUUUUUUUUUUUCACAAGGACAAACGGAAGAAAGAUGGAAACGACUUCUAGACAGACACAGUGUCCUGUUUCCAAAAUACUCCAGCGUUACAUUAAAGAGCUAAAACUUACAGUGCUCUUAGUUUUGACCGAAUAAACUUUUUCAACAUGGCGAAUUUGUUUUUACUUUCUCGGAAAGCCUUUGCUACGUGCUAUCGUUUCCAUGCGCCGAUAAAAACUUUCUUUCUUGACGCCUCUCAAAUGACUGUCAAAUCGUGCGUCCUGCACUUGUUUCCGGUCCCCCAAACAGGAAGAAGCCAUAUAAUAAACAUCUUAUUAGCCUCGUUUUUUCGGUCCGUACUUUAAAUUACGGAUCCUCGUUUUUUUUUCCAUCGAUUUAUGGCCCGCGCGCCAUAAAUCGCCAUCUUUAGCAAAACAUCUCGAAUCUCUGCCAGUCGAUUUUCGUCUUCUUAACUGUGUGCUACGAUAACAUUUUCAAACACUGACUAGAAUCUUCGUCGAUAAGAUUACGAGUUAGUUUCUUCCAGAAACUCAUAAGGGGUUGUUCAACCCUUUAUGAGUGUCCGUUUCUUCAUCGCCUUCGUUCACAAAUAAACACAGUUUAAAAUGUUGAAGGCCAAAGUCAACAUCCAAGUCUUCAAGGUUGACAGGCGUCUUAUAACUUUAUUUAAAUCUUUUUUCCGAGGUAAAGAGAUUUAGAGCUCCGAAAUGAUCAUUUUCUUGAAAAAUUUUGGCCCGUAUAGCAAGUUACGGACCGCAAAUUGACCAAUCGCAUGGCGAAAACAGACUCAGCCAUAUAAUAAUGAAGAUUAUGUGAAGAGAUUUUUAAAAAAAUUAGUUCGAGUCGUUUCAGAGAUAUACAAAAAAGCGCUAAAAGUCCAAAUUUUGAAUAAAGUUGCACUUAGACAGGUGGUGAGAAAACGGGUUAGUUUUUAAGAUCGCAAGAACGAAAAUACACCAAAAUUUCCCAGCAUCGAAAUAUGAUAUUAAACAACAUUCUAACGCUAUUUAAGAAUAAUUUGAGUCAUUUAUAACGUUUUAUUAAAUAAUUUAUCACGGCUAUUGAUAAUUUAAGGUCUGAAAUAUAUUUUCGUUUUAAUCGAAUUUAAGCAUACAGAAUUUUUUACUUCUUACGGAGAUUAUUUGCUAAUUAUCAAACUUUAAGUUCCUAGUGUUGGAAUUUCAGUAGCUGGUCUAGAUCACGCAAAAUUCGGCUUUAUCAGUUUCAAAGUUUUUUGUUUAUUGUUGUCAUAGUAAUAUCGAUUUUACUUAAAUCUACGUUUUCACAAAUUUCAAUCCAUAGCCAAUUACUGGUGAAAAUUUUAUAGCUAUCAGAGAAGGAUAAAAUCACUUUAAAGGCGAUUGAAAAAUAUCGGUAUGGUCUCUGAAAAACUGUACCAAAACACCUUAACAAUGGCAACAUGUACAAUUUUUUGCUAGUUAGAAAUAUUUUUUUGUCAGAGUGUCUGCUAGUCUGAAAACUUUUACCGGUUUCAAACUUUCUUUGCAACAACUUCCAACAACGCGCAACAACAUUCAACAGAGUGUGCAGACGGACGCAACAUAUAACAUCCAACAAUGUUGGGAGUUGUUGGCCAACAAUGUUGUGUCCGUUUUCACGGGGCUUUAGUUAUUUUCCUUGCCUUUAAAACAGAGUGUCUGCGAGUCUAGCAACGUGGACCUUUGCAGCGACAAAGGAAUCUGCAUCCCAGACUACUCCAAAGACAGCUUUACAUGUAAAUGUGACAAAGGCUACACAGGAACACGGUGCGGUAAGUUACAAACGUCUUAUCCCCUGGGUCUCUUCCACCUUGACGUAAGAUUCUAAUCAUUUGUGUAUAAAAUGUGACUUGAAGUUGUGUAUUUAUCUGUUAACAUCUUAUUACUCUGAUAUAGUCUUUUACUCGUUUUUAUAUUAAGUCCAAAGUUAUGGAGAGAAAAGCUUUCUCGUGGACCAAAGAAUGUUUAGCAAUUAUUAAAUUCGGCAUCGAAGGAUUCAAAAUAAUUCCAAGUUAAGAAACAAGUUAAAACAUCCUUACCUCCGUCGAUGUUAAGUUUAUAUCGAUAAUGCAUCUUUAUCGGGAAGUUUAGGUGAUAAGGGCUGUUCAGGUCUCCAAAUAGCAGAUGUCGUCCUUCGAGUUGUUUUCUUGCUGUUCUUGCACCCGCCUAUCACCCGCCUAAACCUACAUACCAACCGGCGGAUUUUUUGCAAUACUUAACCCACUUAAUGGACAAUGUACUAGAUCAACAUCCUGGUUUGACUAUUGUUGCCGGAGGCGAUGUUAAUCGGCUUGACACUAAUGAGCUUAUUUUAAUGACAGGAUGGGACUCUCUUGUAGUUUUUCCAACAAGAGGCGACACGUAUUUAGACAAGGUCUUCACAAACCGGCCGGAUUUAUUUGCAAAGAGCAUUCCAUACUUUGUGUCCAUAAAAACAUAUCACACAGCGGUCAUUUUACCAGCAGGAACGAAAUUAAAGCCGAUCAGACACAACGUUCGCAUUAGGGAUUGUAGAAGACACCGUAAGGAGGGAUUGUACCUAAAACUAGUAAGUAAGAAUUGGACAGUGUCUUAAACUUAAAUGAUGUCGAGGAGGCAGUGAAUAAUUUGGAAGCAAAAAUUAAACACCACAUGGAUGAGUGUAUGCCGUUGCGGUCAGUGUGCAUGUCAUCACGUGAUCCGGUGUGGAUGACACCCUUAGUAAAAUCGUUAAUGAGGGUAAAGUCAAGAAUAGCUCCAAGCAAUGAAGAUCGGCAGGCUGAGGUUAACAGGAAAAUAAGCGAAUUGAUUAGUAAGAACAGAAGAACACUCGCAAAGGCACCUGUCGGAUCCAGAGAAUGGUGGAAGCACGUAGAUAACUUGUCCCAACGACGCAGCAUUUCUGCUAACGUUACAUUGGACACUAAAUCACUGGAGGAGCUAAACGACUACUUCGCCGAUUUGUGCACUGAUGACGCAUAUACGAAGCCUGUACCAGCUAUUGUGGAUAAGAGCUUAGAAGCCCCUCAGAUAUCAGAAAGACACGUAUGGAAUUGCUUACAACAUCUGAAGAAAACCGCUAUGGGACCAGAUCUCAUUCCCUUUUGGAUUUGAAGAGAUCACGCUGAGACCUUCACAAGUGUCAUUCAUAAGAUCUGGAAUGUUUCCCUGAAAACUGGCAAGUGGCUCUUCUCGUGGAAAAGGGCCCACGUCGCGCCCUUCCCUAAGAUCGACAUCCCUAAGGGCAAGCAGGACUUCAGAGGAAUUAAGAUCACGCCUGUAAUUACGCGCGCGUUCGAGAAAUCCGUGUAUAACACCCAUGCACGAGACAUUGUCGAACAGCAUCUGAGUUCAACACAGUUUGCUUAUACGACAGGGGGGAGUUGCACUGAUGCGCUCUUGAGCAUGCAGCACACCAACUACAGCUAUUUAGACGAGCAAGACUGCAAAGCCGUCCGAGUAUUUGCAAUGGAUUUUAGUAAAGCAUUUGACUGUGUCAAUCAUGAACUCCUGUCAUCUAAGCUUAGGCAGUUGCCAUUGAAUCCCCUUAUUGUGAACUGGUAUUUAAGCUUUCUCGAGAAACGCCAGCAGCGAGUAGUUUAUAACGGUUUUGAGGGACAGUGGCGUGAGGUUAAUAGGGGUACGACACAAGGUAGUGUCAGUGGGCCAUAUCUUUUUAACGUGUUUAUUAAUGACUUGGAGAUCAAUCUAGAAGGUCGCCCAGCCUUGUUUAAAUAUGCUGAUGAUUCUACAAUUAUCGUCCCGUUUUGGGGAAACGGCCAGUGUCGCACUGACUUGGUGAAUCAGUUUCUUAGCUGGUCCAGCCGCAAUCGCAUGACAUGCAAUCCAACAAAAUGCAAAGAGAUUAUUUUCCGUAAGAAAGUUUUUAGUCAGGACAUCGCGCCAGUUAGUAAUAUACCGCAGUGCGCAGAGUUAUCCAUAUUAGGUGUUAUUUUCCAACAAAAUUGUAAAUACAGUAGUCACGUGCGCGCGAAGGUAAUUAAGGCGAACAAGUCAUUAACGGUUAACGGUUCAAUAACCUGCAUUUUCACCGCACUUUUGACGCCAUCGGUUCAAUAUGGCAAAAAUUUUCCAAAUUUGGUCAACAGUAGCUGGUUAUGAUGAAUUAUGCGUGUGAUUUUAGUCAAUCAGAAACAGAGAAAUAUUUUGAAUGAAUAAUAUAUAAUUUAAUAUGCGUAUAUGAAGUUUAAACAUAAGUAUAUCUGCAUAACCUAAAAUACGGUCAACUCUUUCUGAGACGGACAGUCAGGGCUUGUCUCAAAGAUGUCCGUCUUAGAGAAGGGCAUCGUGACACCAGCAAUUUUAAAGUUGAAACUAUACGCGAUGAAUAAACGUCUGUUUAACUUGCACAAAACAGCUACAGCUGGAACACUGCAACAAAAGUGGAGUUCUUUUCUCAUUGUGCAAUCAGACGUUCAUUACAAUCAAACCGCUUUCACGGCUUCGUGGUCUAAAUGCUUAACACUAUACGCUCUCUUAACUACCAGAGCAAAACUACUUAACAUAUCAAACAUUUUGCAGUUUAAGUUACUGUCAUGUAGAGCACCCACAUUUCCGUUUUGAGGUCUUUGUCACCACAUUAAGCACCUCCCAAUUUAGCCGUUGACGGUUUCAAAAGUGUCCGUUGUCCGUCUUAGAGAGAUGUUCCGUAUUAUAGAGAGUAUGGUUACAGUAAAAUGACUGGGACCAACCUGAGGUGUCCGUCUUACGAACGAGUCCGUUUUAUAGAGAGUAUGGUUACAGUAAAAUGUCUGUGACCAACCCUAGGUGUCUGUCUUGGAGAGGUGUCCGUAUUAUAGACAGUAUGGUUACAGUAAAAUGACUAGGACCAACACUAGGUGUCCAUCUUUCAGAGGUGUCCGUAUUAUAGAGAGUAUGGUUACAGCAAGAUGACUAAGGUUACAGUAAAAUGACUGGGACCAACCCUAGUUCUUACAAGACAGACGUACGUCUUUUAAAGUUGUCCGUUAAGAGAGAGUUUAUUGUAAAUCGAAAGGGAGAUGGAGGAAUUCGAGACAGUACUAGAAAGCUUAAGGCAGCUCGGUUAUCUCAAAUUUUGGGUCAAAACUUUUUCCGCUUUCACGCAAAGGCUACAAAAGUUUGAAAAGUCCGAAUAUACAAUUAUUUUUGAAAAGGGGCGUAGAACCUGUUUGACGAUGUGUCAGCUUGGCGCACGUAUAUUAUUAUAGUUUACGACUCUUAUUUUAACUCAUUUGAAUUAAGAGUUAUAAAAAAGUUUCCAAAUAAUGAUAAUUGUCGAAAGAUUAUAUGGAAAAAAGUUCACACCUAAACUCUUUUACCUCUUUUACAUUCCAGAAUUCAUCAUAGACUGCUCUAAACUUGGUCAAAGUGGUUUGGCAUCUACUGGAAUCUACUACAUCAAGCCAGAUGGUGGCAGCCCAAUACAAGUGCUGUGUGACAUGACUACAGACAGUGGAGGUUGGACAGUCUUUCAGAGACGUUUAGACGGUUCGGUUAACUUUUCUCAGGGUUGGGAAUCAUACAAAAAUGGGUUUGGACAUCUAAACGGUGAGUUCUGGCUUGGAAACGACAAUCUUCAUCGUUUGACGGCGUUUGAUGACGUCAUGCUAAGAGUUGACCUGGAGGACUUUGACGGCAACAUAACAUACGCAGAGUAUACAACAUUUCAAGUAGCUGACGAAGCAGAUAAAUACAGGAUUACGUUUGGAGGAUACAAUGGUACGGCUGGUGACUCGAUGGUAAAUUACGCAGGGCAGACCCUAAGGUAAGCAAAUAUUUCGCUGGUAAUUAAUUUGUAGCCUGACAGAAAAAGGAAAGGUCAAUACCGCGCUUACAAGCUCCUCCACUUUAUCAUGAGCCACCUCCAGUUAUAAACCCAUCUAUAGACCCGUAAACCGAAAAAUACAUCCGAUUACAAGCCUCCGGAUAUAAGCCCCUUACGAAUCUAUUGAGUUCGAUUUAUUAUGACAAUUUAGAUUUAUUAUGACAUUUUGAAGCUUGAUUAAAAUAAUCAGUAAAUGAAAAACGUAUUAGGACUGCUAUAUCUUGUUUCAAAGUGCUGUUUCUAUUUCGGGUAUAAAACAGCUCGGACAUAAGCCCCUCCGUUUAUUAGCCCUUCUAAAACCCCUGACGAAGAUGUAUAAGCCCAGGGAUAAGCGGCAGUUUAGGGUAUCAAAUCAACAAUCUUUCAGUAAUAUAAUUUCCUUUUAAGCCCAUCUUACACUGCUGCAAGAGCACAUAACCCGAAGAGAGCAACUCCCAUACUAGGCCUAUAUCACGUCGUUUUUACGGACCAGUUUAUUUUUAGACACAUUUUAGGGCACUUUUUCCCGCGAAUAUAAAAUCUUGGCAAAAAAUAUCAUUUUUGGGUCUGUAGGUUUUGCUGACCGGUUUGUGGAAUUUAAAAGAUAUUCAAAAUUCGCGCCAAAACCGUUCUAAAAAUAAACUGAUCCGUGAAAAAGCCGUGACACGAGCGCAUAGAAGUUGCUCAUUUCUGACUGUUGUUAGGAUUCUUUUUACCCUUACGAUAAGUUAUCGCCAGCCCCGACCACCUUAGAUACCCUCUCCCUCUUAUUCAAAUCAUUUAUUAAUUGGUAAAGUCUCUAUACUCUUAAGCGACCACAGUCAGAUAAGUGGCAUCUGUAUCUGAACUGCAGCGUGCAGCAGUGAGCUGUAAUGAACAAAGCCUUUACUUCGGAAGCAUGAUACGUAUUACUCGAAUCACCCUAUGUAAGGAUGGAAACUUUUGCUUGAAGAAUCCGGAAUCCGGAACAAAUUCGUUUGUGUAAUACGGAAUCCUGGGCUUUGGAAUCCGGAAUCUAGCUCAAUGAAUCCGGAAUCCCACAAACGAUUGGAAUCCGAAAUCCAAGUUCCAAUUUUAAAAAAAUGAGGAAUCCAGUACUGGAAUCCGGAAAUCCAUAGCGUAGAAUCCAGAAUCCAAGACCGCCUUGGAUUCCCUUGCAUGGGGUGACUCGAAAAUCCGAACUCCAAAUCCACCUUGAAAUCCACCUCGAAAUCCAUCUCGAAAUUGUAACUCGGUAAAUAGAUAACCUCCUGACACUGAACAAAUCCCUUUGUAAAAUUUGUGCCACUAUCAAACUGUGACCUUUUUCUGCAGUAACUUGCAGUUUACAACCAAAGAUAUCGACAAUGAUCUGUAUGGCGCUGACAAUUGCGCUGUUUUACUCAGUGGAGCAUGGUGGUACCAUUCCUGUAGUUGGGCCAAUCUAAAUGGUUUGUAUCGUCGAGGAACUUAUAACCCCGGGCCCGGCUACCCUUCCGACGGAGUAAAAUGGGUCACGUUUAGAGGACAUCAUUAUUCUUUGAAACGCACUGAGAUGAAAUUAAAACCUAAACCAUAA